AAACUUUCAGUAAACAAUUAUGAACUUCUUCUUUGUUGGGACCGUCUUCAUAGCGCUGGUGGCCGGGGCUCAGGUGGAGAGCUCCGGGGUCCCGGAGCUGCACGGGCUCCCUGAGGCUGGGUUCUCGUGCGUGGCAGAGGUUAUUGCCGCGAUCGAGGAAUACCGUUUUCAUUACGAAGGGAGACUUAAAGAAUCGCCCAAGAUGACUGAUCCAAUGAAGACAGUCUCAGGAAUAGCCUCUAAAGACACCGCUAAGACCAAAGAAAGGAAAGUCUUUAAUAAUACCGAUGAAAUGGGGCAAGAAACUGGAAAAAAGACAGUUGUUGAGAAGACGACGGAAACUGACGUAAAAUCCAACGGAACUGUAUCAAAGACUUUGCAAACCACGAUUGAUGUAGAUGAGGACGGUAAACAACGGGGUGAAAAUCUUAUCGUUCCAAAAGUAGGGGCGGACGACAAAGCUAAAAACAAAACCGAAUCAAAACGAACAGAGCAAAGAAAGGAGAUUCUGCCCAGCAAUAUAACGAAUGAUGUUGUGAAAGAGAAAGAAGAACUUCUACCUUCACAGGAAAGCACUAAUGUGACAUCUGUGGAGGAGAGGAACAUUACAGAGAAGGAUGAUGGACUUGAGAAGGCAGAACGAACAGAACAAAGAAAGGAGAUUCUGGCCAGCAAUAUAACGAAUGAUGUUGUGAAAGAGAAAGAAGAACUUCUACCUUCACAGGAAAGCACUAAUGUGACAUCUGUGGAGGAGAGGAAUGUUACAGAGAAGGAUGAUGGACUUGAGAAGGCAGAACGAACAGAGCAAAGAAAGGAGAUUCUGGCCAGCAAUAUAACGAAUGAAAUUGUUGUGAAAGAGAAAGAAGAACUUCUACCUUCACAGGAAAGCACGAAAGUGACAUCUGUGGAGGAGAAGAAUAUUACAGAGAAGAGUGAUGGAAAAGAUGUCGAGAAAGAAACUGUAAUUCAAAAAGAAGUCCAAAAGAAUGUGUGUAAUAGCGACAUCAAAGAGGUUCGUAACGAAAAACAUCUUAAUGAAACAAUUGAAGACUUGAAACACCAAGUUGAUGACGUGAAAAACAAGAUGAAGGAAGAAAAAGCAAAGGCUGAAGAAACAAAUGCUGUCGUUGAAAAGACAGUCCCUGCUGUGACGCCGGCGAAGGUUGUUAGAAAGGAUGUGCCCUCGGUGGGAGAAGGAAAAGACUCCGUUGUGACUCGAGUUGUUGAACCCGUUACCCCUUCGGUGGUAGCAGAAAAGGUCCCCGUUGUGACAAAUCAGACCGUUGCUGAAAAGAUUCCCCCUACGGUGACCGAAGGAAAAGUCCACGUUGUUAAAGAAGAUAAAGUUAUUGAAAAGGUUGUGCCCUCGGUGACGGAAGAAAAACUCCCCGUUGUGACAAAGGAGAAGGUUGUUGAGCAGGCUGCCCCUUCGGUGACACAGGAGAUCCGCCACCUGGCCACACUUUAA